UUUUUGAGUUCGCUUAGAAAGUAAUGCACUUCAGCCGGCUGCUCCGCACCGCCCUCUGCAUUAUGUGUAUUGUGUGAAAAGUUAUUUUUCUUUGCAUUGCUUUUUAGCAUCUAUAAUUUGUCUAUUGGAGUGGAUUUAUAUUUCAAUCGAUUUAAGUUUAGGAAACAGCAAUGGAACAAAUCCAGAGCAAAGGGGAGCGAAAGGGACUUUGCUGUUCCAAAGUGGAGACACGAUUACUGAAAUGGAUUUUUGCGGUAUCUUUGUUGAGUGUGUUGUCUGUUACAUUGUGCAUAAAGCUUUUUCUUUUAAACACCGAACUUGACUCUAGGAUCGCUCGUUUAGAACGCCGUGAUCUUUCAGAUUCUAAAAACCUUCUCGAUGAGUAUAUCAACAAAUAUUUGGAAGAUAAUUAUGAUCAAAUAUUUUCACUGAAAUUCCAAAAACUUACAUCAAAUCGAAAGACAAGAAGCACAGAUGUGGGAAAUUGUCAAUGUCUUGGUCAACCAGGUAAGAGAAGUUGGUAUGCAUUUGCAGGUUAGUUAAUUAGCAGUUACACCUGUAGUCCCCACACCUGUAUAGAUCUUUG